AUGGCUGCCGAUGAUAAAAUAUCCGAUCUCAUACUUGACAAUAUACUUGCUCGACUUGACGCGAAGUCAUUGCUAAGGUGCAGACGUGUAUCGAAACAUUGGAACAAUUUGAUUAAAGAUCCUUACUUUAUGAUGAAGUCGAGAGCACGUCGAAUGAUCUACGUCAUAGACUGUAAGCUGCUUAAUCUUGUAGAUGACAAUAACCCGGCUCAUAAUUCGAUGCUUAACCUUUGUUCUCCUUAUCAAUAUUGGGGGAUUACUAAAUUAUAUCAUGAGGUCAGAGUUCUUGGAACAAUCAAUGGUAUAGUGCUUUUGCAAUAUUAUGAUAGCGUGGGUGCAUCAUCAAGACUACCUCCGCCUUAUUGCGAAGGUGAUUUGAUGCUAUGCAAUCCGCUUACCCGUGAGUACAAGCUACUUCCGACUAACUCAAAUUGUGGGUGGUGUAAGCGCUCCAUUUAUUGGGAUGACUUUUCUCCGUUUCCGCACUACACAAACUAUGCAUACGGAUUUGGGUUUGGUAGUGCAACCCCAGAUGACUUGAAAAUAGUUAGGUUUAGAGAGUACAACGAGCGACACGGCGGUGUUUGUGAGAUCUUCAGUCUCAAAACGUUUACGUGGAGCAAGCCAGUAGUACAAGACAUGAUCAAUAUCAAAGACAUUGAGUUUGAGAACGCUGUGGGUACGUUUCUAAAUGGAUUUUUAUAUUGGAUUCGUAAUAAUAUGGACAAACUGAUUGUCCUCGAUGUUGGAAAGAUGGUACUUUCGGAAAUACAUUUACCUUUCCAAAGAUCGUAUAUUGGACAUCGACUGUAUGCUGUUCGCUCAUGUUUAGGUACCAUACACGGAUGUCUUUGCUUGUUGAACAGGAGCAUUAACUAUAUCGAGUGUAACCUUUGGGUGAUGAAUAAUGAACAAGGGGACCAGAACUCAUGGUCGCUGAGGUGUACAUUUGAUGUUGGUUAUCACCAUUUUGUUUGCAUAUUGGAUAGCGGAAGGAUUGUUAUGAGUUGUGGAAAAAAACUUCAUAUCUACGACACAUCAGAGAAUUUGUAUACAUUGACGGACGUUUCGAUAAAUCCUGGUCAAGCAAUACAUGGCAUCGAGUACCUAGAGACCCUCGUUUCACUGUCAGAUGUUUGCUCAGCUGAUUAA